AUGGCGGCCUUCUCCGAGUCGGGGCCAGUGUUCAAAUCACGAUGUGCCCAGGUCGGUCUGGCAUCUGCGGAUGUCGAAAAACUCGAGAAGGUGGGUGUGGAUUCACUCGCAAAGGUCGCUUUCAUGACGAGCUACACGCCGGGCUCUGGCGAUGACAAGGACCUCAUCGCGGCGUUCGAGUCGGCCCUCGGGACGCCGCCCUCUGUAGGGCAGAAAAGCUCCUUCCGAAGGUUAUUUCAUGAAGCAUAUGCUGUUACCACUUCGGAAAUGAAGAUGCUUGUGGAGCGGACGGAUGAAUCCAUCCCAAGAAAAUUGAGCGUCCCAGAGAGAUCUGAGAGGUUCGAGGUAGUGAGCAAACGCCUUGUGGGCCUUUCGAUCAAGAAUCGUCUUGAGCCUGCUGAUAGCCUCGUCGACUCCUUCGUGUCUCAGUAUGAGCAGGACAAGCUGCAGUUUGUCCCGUGGGAGAAGCUUGUUUCCAAAGAACAAGAGGCCUCAACAGGGGCAAAGCGAGAGCCUUUCUUCUCGCUGGACAGUACGGGCAAGCUCAGGUCGGAGACGAAGGUUGAGGUCCGUGCCGACACUAGCACGGAGCUGCUCUUGCAGCUCGCGCUUCAGAGGCGCGGCAUCGCUAUGGAAAUGGCGAACAUCCUUGACUACCAUCGUCACCACAUGUGGGUCGAGCGCCUUCUUGCAGCGCGCCUCGACGCACCUCCGUCGACGCACAUGCAGCCCACACUUGAUCAGUGUCAGCAGGCUGAUAGGAAGCUUUGGCAGCUUCUCGGAGAAGCAACUCGCUCAGGCAUCCAGCUCAAAGCUGGGGGGCGUCCAUUGGACACCAUCUUCGAGAGCACAUGGCAGUCACCAGAGGUGCUUCAUCUGCUUCAGCCGAUGCCUCGGGCAGCAGACGCUUCAGUCACGCAGCAGGUGGCACCGCCGCCGAGGCCGCACGGGCCGGGCCCGUAUGAUCGUCCGGGCAAAGGCCGGAAGGGCACAGGGAAAGGUGCCAAGGGCACCAAAGGCAGCGGGAAAGCGUCCCGGAAUGCAAUCUGUGUGGGCCAGAAUACGCUGUCGGAUUUUCACAGGGAUUCCGGCAACCAACGGGGUUCUUUGAACCAUACCUUCUCGCUGGGCACCUUUCAAGGCGGCCAGCUCUGGCUUGAAGAUGCAGCAGGCACUUCCGAGGCCACGAGUCCCGCAGGCGGGCAGAUCCGGGGUGGGCAACCUUCCGAGUUGCUCCCGUUGGGCUUUCCGUGUGGAUCCGCCGCUGUGACUUCGCAGUCCUCUGGCGCGCAAUCUCCGCCCCAGCCUGGUGCCAAGGUGUCGCCUUCGCAGCAUGAAAAGCCUUUGUUCUUAGAGAUUUGUAGCGGGUCGGCUAUGCUGUCUUAUGUCGCCAAGGAGGACCAGCCCGUGGAUGCAAUUAUGCACCCUAUGCACAUUGAUGCCAUCCUGCGACAAGGAUCCAAGGACCUCUUCCCGGGCACACACCUCGGCUCUCGUCCGACGGAAGUAUGGGAUAACGAACAGACGAAGCUCUCGCUGAAACAUGUUUGGCAGGCACGUGUGCAGCUUCGCCGACAUACCCUUGGGCCUCCACUUCGUGUUGCCUUUCAUCUAUGGCGUGCUCAUUGGCGACUUGUCAAAGCCCGCAAAGCGCUGCAUUCGCAGUCCAACAAAGCGAGACGUGAUAAAUGGGACCAACAGCUCACCGAGGCGGAGGAGGCCUAUCACAAACAUGACUCUCACUCUUUCUUUGCUAUUGUGCGUAGACUUGCACCACGUCGUCCACGACAGCGCAUUAUGAUGCGUAACAAGGAUGGAACACUAUGCACACCACAGGAAGAAAUAGGGCUGAUUCAUGACUACUGGCGAGGUGUAUUUGAUGUUCCGACACUUCCCAAAUGCUCCGGCUAUCUGUGGCAUGGCCUCAACAUUACCACAAAGGAGGUGGAAAUGGCCAUCAGCAAAUUAUCAAUGCGUAAAGCCUCGGCCCCAACCUCGGCUCCGCUCUGCAGCUGGCGUGCCUGUGCUCCUGACAUUGCUCCUCUUAUACAGGAAUAUUUGGCACAGCAUUGGGGUGAGGGAGAACAUGCAGGUGACGAGGACAUUGCUAGGUCCUGGCUUGUCUUUCUGGGCAAGCCAAAUAAACCCAGCAGCAAGCCCGAAAACCUUCGACCUAUUGCUCUACAACCGGCUCCUGCCAAAAUCAUGGCCCUCCUUUUACGCUGGCGACUGCAACCGUAUGUGGAGCAGCUGCUCCACCAAUGUCCACAGUACGCAUACACCAGAGGCAGAACCACUACGGAUGCAAUAUCCCGUAUUGCCCAACACUGUGAUUCUGUUCGAGCCAAGGUCAAACAGCAGACACUUUCACUUCAUGACCGACGACAGGGCGCUGUACGAACCGUAUGCACCGGUGGUGCUCAGCUGACUGUUGAUUGCUCCAAAGCUUUUGACAGUUUACCUCGCUGCACUAUGAUGACCAUGCUAACAUGGGCUGGUGUACCACCCGACUUGGCCACUGCUAUCAUACAGGUCCAUCAGGCUGGCACUUAUCGUCAUGGAAACGUGGACGACCCUGAAUCCUGGAUGGAUAUUGACAGUGCUCAAGGCGUGCGGCAAGGCUGUAUGCUUGCCCCAUGUUUGUGGCUCUUGUUCGUAACAUACCUCUUCCAUCACCUGGACACGACAAUGGGUGGAGCUGCUUCAUGGACAUGCCAGCACUCCACUGCCUUCGCCGAUGAUCUUCACUUCAAGUGGGAUCUUGACGAUCCCAAAGCCCUGGAUCGAAUGAAGAUGGAGGUUGCCACGGUACUCUCAGUGCUCAAAUCCUUUGGUCUUCAGAUCAGCGCAGAAAAAUCCACCAUGUUGAUCGAGAUUCGAGGAACAGCAGCUGACGUUUGGUUGUCCAAGAACGUCUACAAAGAUGAUGAGAACAACAAACACUUUCGUUAUGACACGUUUGCCAAGCUCUCCAUCCCGCUUGGUACCCAAUUCAAGUAUCUUGGGGUCAUAUUAUCCUAUCGCAAUUACGAGCUGGCCAGUGUCAAACAUCGUGUACAACAGGCUGCCAUACACCAUUCCCGUCUUCGUCGCAUUCUGCAAGGACGCGGGGGCAUCAGCCGGCAUCAACGACUUCGCCUCUGGCGCAUCUGCAUUCAGACAAGCCAGCUCUACGGACUCGAGGCCACAGGUGUCACAGAGGCAGAUGCUAUCUCAACGACUUCAGUCGGCAAAUACCCGUCUUUGCUCCAACACGGCAAGGCCCACAAGAUCUUGGCACCCAAACGGGAGCUGCCCCAGGAUCGCUCCGUCUACUCCAUCAACGGACUUCCGCAAUGCCGUUUUUGUGGCUACAAAUUCACGAAAUGGAGUGGCCUCCAAAGACACAUACAGCGGAACGGCUGCCCGAUUCUUCGCCAUGAAGAUCCCGCCACCUUUGCAGCAGCAGCGCCCGCGACUACAAACAAGGCUGAAGAUCCUCUUCGUACUACACAACAUGCAUGGGUGGCCGACUCAACCAUUGCCACUACCAUGCCUUCAACUGGAGAUCAACCUCUGGUCCAAGACGCGCAGCUACAGCAGGAUGCCAGCCAGUACACGUGGACCAAGGUGCUUCACAUGUGGCGUACAAAACAUGACUUCAAGAAUGUGUGUGUGUUCUGUGGUCAAUGGGCAGUGGAUGCCAGUGCUCUCAAACAGCAUUAUGCCAAGCAGCAUCAGGCAUUAACCAAUCCGUGGAUCGCAGCAUAUCGGGCCGAGUGUAAGCAGCUAGCUAAAGUUGCCGUCGAAAUGGAGGACAUGCCGGACUUCGAUGCCGACAGCCAGAUCCAGAGCCUCCUCGGGGGCCUCUCCUCAGUCGUGGAUCUCAAACCACUUCUGAAUCCAACGCCAACACCGGCGCGCAAUCAGUCCCAUCUGACCAACAAGCGUCCGAGGGCGGAACAGUGGACUCGAGGCACCGGGAGCAAGGGCGGCGGCAAGGGCAAAGGAAUGGCCUCCAACGGUACUUUAUCACAGGAGGAUCUUCAACAGCUCCUCAGGCAGAUCGUCGUCCUUCUCCUACGCCAAGGCGACCAACUCAAUCGGCUACAGACGGAUACCGGAUACUAUUUGGUCUUUCAAGUCCCGGGCGACGCCACCAUGGUACCAGUUCUGAUUGCGGGAGCACUCGAAUGGCGCAAUCAGAAGAAGGCCGACCCGACCAAGCUCACCAUGUCUCUCCGCAUAGCCCUCAUCGGACUCUUCCUCAAGGAGCUUCAGAUGCGUCUGGAAAAGAUCCGGGCCAACGACCAACUUCAGGAGAAGCUCAAGGAGCAAGGCCUGAUGACGGACGAAGGUGCUUGGACAUAUCGCCAAUGGUGUCCAAAGAACAAGGCACUUCAGCUACAGCUCAGCAGGGAUCCGAUCAAGUGGGACGUCCUGAUGACACACAUCACGAAUGCUCUCCAAGGACUGAACAAUCAGGACCACAUUACACGUUUUCAGGCGACCAAAGCCUUGGAAGAAGGACAGAUGGGUCCCACCCUUCCAUUCCUUCUGGACAUCUCGCUCAAGCCGAGUGCGUGUCGUCUACACCAGAGCAUGAGGGCAUUGGUGGACUGCUCGGCCAUGGAAGCAGUAGGCGCACGUAUUCGACCCCAACGAGCCAAGCGAUCUCAACUUCAGGAUCAGCUCCAGGAGUGGCUGCGAGGCAGGUUCUAUCAUGUCGGUUGA